GCUCCAUCCCCAGCAGCAGCCAUGACCCAGGGCAAGCUCUCGGUGAACAGCAAACCCCCCAGCUCUGAGGGGCAGGGGGACAAGAAGGACAAUGGCACAGCCCCCCCGGCUCCUCCGUCCUACGAGGAGGCAACAGCAGGAGAAGGGAUGAAAGCCGGGGCGUUCCCGGCCCCGCCGGCGGCCCCGCUCCACCCCAGCUGGGCUUACGUGGAUCCCAGCACCAGCCCGAGCUACGGCAGCGGGGGGUACCCGGGGGACACGGAGCUGCUCACGACCUUCAGCUGGGACGACAGGAACGUGCGCAGGGUGUUCAUCAGGAAGGUUUACGCCAUCCUGAUGGUCCAGCUCCUGGUCACCGUUGUCAUUGUGGCUUUCUUCACCUUCUGUGAGCCAGUCAAGGGCUACAUCCAGACCCACUCUGCCUGGUACUGGGCAUCCUACGCUGUUUUCUUCGUCACCUACCUGAUCCUCGCCUGCUGCUCUGGGCCCAGGAGAUACUUCCCAUGGAAUCUGAUCCUGCUCAGCAUCUUUACCCUGUCCAUGGCCUAUCUCACUGCGAUGCUCUCCAGUUACUACAACACCAAGUCAGUGCUGCUGUGCCUUGGGAUCACGGCCCUGGUCUGUCUGUCUGUCACCAUCUUCAGCUUCCAGAGCAAGUUUGACUUCACGUCGUACCAGGGCGUUCUGUUCGUGCUGCUCAUGGUGCUGUUCCUGGGGGGACUGGUCCUGGCUGUCAUCCUGCCCUACCAAUAUGUCCCGUGGCUCCACGCCGUCUACGCUCUGCUCGGGGCUGGGAUCUUCACCAUGUUCCUGGCCCUGGACACGCAGAUGCUGAUGGGGAACCGCCGGUACUCCCUGAGCCCUGAGGAAUACAUCUUUGGAGCCCUCAAUAUCUACCUGGACAUCAUCUACAUCUUCUCCUUCUUCCUGCAGUUCUUUGGCUCCAGCCAGGAGUGAGGGCAGCAGGGCAGGAUCCUCCCUGUGCUGGCAAAUGUGAGGGGUUCAAUUGAAAAGCAGAGGUGAAAGGGUUCACAAGCACCAACCUGAGCCAGUCCCUCCCUUUGUGGUCCAUGGAAUGCACUGAGGAGCCCCGUGCCCUCCCCCAGCUUUGUACAUUUGCUGUCAGGCCUUUGUGACCCAGAGAGCAAAGCAGGGCUUCAGUGUCGUGUCCCUUCUGCUCCCCCCCAGCCCAAACCAGUGCAGGGACUGGGGGCAGGAGAGUGGGACCUGCCUGGCCCCAGGGGCUGCUGGAGGUGCCCUCUGAGUCCUGCCCACCACGGGCUGAAAGUGCUGUGACAAAACAGUGAGGGCAGCAGAGCAGGGAAUUUGGUUAGAUCCUGGCAGGAAAAGCAGCUGAGCCAAGGGAAAAGCCUUGGGGAAUCCUUGCAUUGCCCUGUUUCCCACAUUCUGUGGAGCUUGGUGGCCUCUGCACUGUUCCUGGUGGCUGUUGUUGGAAAUGUGGAGUGUGGGAUCACACAGCUGGAUUUCAGUGCUCCAGGCACAGGGAUCCUGUUUGUUCAGGAUGUGCAGCUCUCUGAGGUCAUCCCUGGUGACACUGCAGGAAGAAUUCCUCUGGAUCCCUUGCAUGUGGCUGUGGGGCUGAGCAUCUUCCCUUCCCUUCCCUUCCCUUCCCUUCCCUUCCCUUCCCUUCACUUCCCUUCC